CGAUAUCAAUGAAAUUUAAUAUUCACGAAUUCAAAGCAAACUGAACACAGACACUGUCUAUCAAAUUAGAGGGCCCUCCAAAAAGGCUCAUUUGGUCGCUCAGGUCGACGUCAAUUUACCACAUCCCGAUAAUAUUUAAAGUGAAGUAAGUGCAGGAUUUACUUCCGUGUUUAUAAACUCAAAGUUACAAACGUUCAAAUCAAGAGGCAAGGUAGCUUAUAGACUGACGUGGCAAUUAAUAAUAGUUUAUAUUGAUGCAGAACUGCUGUUGAAUAACGAUGUAGAAAGUUAAAUAAAAAAACUGUCGUUUGUGUCAUGAAAAAGGAGUUGACUGUUGAUUUCUUGGCUUGGUUUAUUAGUGGACAUUUACAAUAUUAACGCAUUGAAAGUAGAAUUCUGAGAACGCUAUUAACUGGUAUAAUUGUAAUUACUGAACUGCUUUUGAAUUGAAAUGGCCUCGAAAUUGGCUGUAUACGACACUGGCUAUGAAGAUGAACUAUUUCAAUAUCCUGUUGGUCCUAGUUUUCUUUGUUGUAUUUGCACCAAUGUCAUUAAAGAUGCAGCCAUGUGUCAUAAUGAACAUUUAUUCUGCCGAGCUUGUAUCACCAGACAUCUCGUGAACUUUCAGACAUGCCCGACAUGCAUGGAACCACUCACUGUUGAGACACUAAGCCAAGCACCUCGGGGUAUAAGAAACUUUCUAGCUGAAUUGAAAAUUCGAUGUGAAUUCUUCGAUCGUGGUUGUGGAAAGUUUAUUGAGCUGGGAGAUCUUGAAAGGCAUGUUACAGAAUGCGGUUUUGCUCCAGCAGUCUGCUCUAAUGAGGGAUGUGAACUUGAAGUAAAUAAACAAGAUUUACUUCAUCAUGAAACUGCUGUGUGUGAACAACGUAGAGUUCAGUGUCACAGCUGCAACGACAUCAAGAAAGAGAUGGAUACAGUGAGAGUUAAUUUGGCAGCAAUGAAUGAAAAGCUGUUAGAGAGAAUUGAGACGAAUGGAAAAGCUGUGGAAAACGUGGUAGCAAAAGUUGAACUAGUUCAAGAACGACUGAACAAGCAGGAAGAAAGCAAUCGUCAGUUUGAGGCAGAAGUAAAGAAAAGUUUAAAUGAAAUUUCAAAACAACUGGAGAGAAUGUCACAACAAACAUUGCAUGAUGUUCAGGCUGAAGAAAUGAAGAAAGGAAUUGCAGAAGCUGAUGGAAUGGACAGAGAGCCAAAAGUUGUUAUUGCUGGAGGUGAGAAUCAAGGAAGAUUAAAUUCUGUGGAAAUGUUGAUUCUGUCAACCGAGACAUGGACACUACUACAACCAAUGAGAGGUAAUCGUGAAGGAGCAACUUCCGUUAUUCACAACAAUCAGUUAUUUGUCGAGGGAGGUUUUAAUAAAUCCAUGGAAAAAUUAUCAUUGAAUGCUGCUCAAGCUUUCCAGUCUAUACCUUGGGAAAAUGUUCCUGCUGAGUUACCUGGACGGUUGGCAGGACACUGCAGUGUGGUUUAUAAUGAACGAUUGAUAGUGAUUGGAGGUUUUGAUGUUGAAAAACAUGUAUAUUCUGAUAGUAUUACUGAGAUUUCCCUUUUUCCACCUUACACCUGUGAACUGUUGGCUACCAUGCCACAGGAAAGAUGUUAUCAUGGUAUUGCAAUCUUUGGCGAUAAGAUCUUGAUUGUUGCAGGGAGAACAAGCUUGAAGAGUAACUCAGCUCUCAGAAAUGUUGUCAUGUAUGACAUUACUAAGAAGGAAUGUCAGGAGUUAGCACCCCUCCCUUACUUCGUGUAUGAAAUAGCCACAGUCAAGUGGGGUGAUGACAAUGUUAUGAUAAUGGGCGGUGCUGACAGUAAUGAUAAACCAUUAAACAAAGUUUUAAUGUACAACAUCAAGACCCAGAAGAGUCAUAUGUUACCAGACAUGAAGUGUAAGAGGAAAGGAUGUGUGGCUGCAGUUGUCAGAGACACUGUGAUUGUCAUGGGAGGCAAAGAUGAAGAAGGAAAUUAUUUAAAAUCAGUAGAACGUUUUAGAUUUGAUAGUUAUAGGUGGCAAGAACUUCCGGAAAUGCAUGAAAAGAGGUUCAGAGCUACUGCAGUUGUAUGUUAACUAUGUGUUGUGUAUAUAUUAACAAUCUAUUUUUAUUGAUAAACCGUAAUCAUAAUAUGCUGUCUACAAGUACAAACACAGUAAAGUGAUUUAUCUUAUAGGAACUUUUAGAAAUGCAUGAAGUGGAAUGACUGCCUAGCAAAAUUUGUGCGUGUUGUAGAAUAUAAAUACUGAUUUAUCUUUUUAUGCCAAACUAC